GCGGCCUCGGCGGCUCGAGCUCUACUACGCGAUCCCGAUCCAGACCUACGACCUGAUUCACCCCUUGAUCGCGGUGACGGAAGACUACGAGCCCUACGCAGCGCGAAGGAGACAAUGUCGCAACCGUCUCAAGGAGGAGUUCCCCUGGACGAAUGGCGUAAAGACGUCCCUCCUGGAUGGAAACCGGGUUCCAGAUGAGGUCGUGGGACCGCUGAUAGCGGGCAGGCUACAAGGACGAGCACAACGCAUAGCCUUGGAGCUAAAGUUGGUGCGUCCCGAUGGGACAUACGACAUCGGUGAUGCGGCCCUCGUCCGCCUCAGCGUCGACGAGGUGAUUGACCCAGUCGACGGUGUGACGAUCAUCCAGAGGCACAUUCCGAGUGGUGUGCAGGCGCUCUGCAAUGCACUGCGAGAUGCAUUCGGCGACACGGACGAGGCGCAGACCACGAAGGCUCUGGAGGUCUUCUUUGAGCAUAAGCGGCCCCAUGGACAGGAACUCCAAGAAUUUGCUGCUGAAUGGGACCUUCGAUACGAAGACGCUAAGCUGAAGGCAGGCCUGGACAUGAACACCGUUGCCAAGAGCUACCUGUGGCUGAAGCAAAGUGGAUUGACCCAGAAGCACCAGGACGACCUUCGUCUUCAAGUACAUGGCGACCUAAGCCGCUUCAACGAGCUCCGGGCCCUAGCCAUUUUGUGUCCCAUCGUGCUGCUGACAGGUCCUCGGGAGGACAAGUCCGACGAGCACGCGGAGAUGGACGACUGGUUUGGAUGGACCGACUGGGACGACGACGGCUACUGGACUGAAGCUUGGUGGUACGACAACGACUGGGAGGAUUACGGCGACGGCUAUAACGACCACUCGUGGUACGAGGAUGACGACGAGUUCUACGAGGCCGAGGAGCAACCAUG